AUGAGUGAAAGUGCUAAGGAAAAGGAGACAAGAGCUCAAUUUGUGGAGGAUUCGGCGCUGCGGCUGGGUGGCAACCAUACUCACCUACUGAGAAGUGCUAUGAAGAAUAAAUCCCAUCAAGUAACGCCAGUCUUUAAUGCUGAUGAAGAAAUUGUAGAAUCGUCUCCGUUGCUGACAUCGACACCUCCAACGGUAUCCAAAGCAUUGGUAAAACUAUAUCCUUACCUUAUUAUUACUAAUAAUAUUUUGAGUGUACUAACGUGGACUAAUGACGACAUCUGGCCAAGUGUACUAAUGGUGGUAAGCUACAUUACAGCCAUCCUAUAUUUCCAGAACAUCCUAAAUUAUUUUGGGCAUCUACUACUAGUUGGUGUAUUGUGGUGUUAUUCCUUGUUGGAUCGUUGUGUUGAGGAGUCCAUAAGAGAGCGCCCUACAUUAGAUGAUAUAGUUCACAUUAUAUCAUGCGUCAACGCAAAGGCUGAUCUGCUUCUUUCGCCUAUCACAGUUCUUACAGGAAACGAUAUAAAGAGGCUUCUUUUCACGACAGUGUUUUUGUCCCCGCUAUAUGUCAUAAUUACACUUUUCAUUUUACCCCCACGGAGACUACUAUUGAUCGCAGGCAUAUAUCUGCUAACAUAUCACUCUUCGUGGUCUAGGGUUACAAGAAAACUUCUUUGGAAGUUCAAGCUUGUGCGUCUGCUAGUAUUCUAUAUUACGGGCCUUGAUUUGGGUGGGAUAAACAAAAACCAAGGCAUCUUUGCUGCUGUUCAGAACAAAGUUAAAAAGAUAUCAUCAACGAAAGGAACAUCAGAUGAUGGGAAACCAAUAAGGUUCACUUAUGUUUUGUAUGAGAACCAACGCCGCUGGUUAGGUAUUGGCUGGACCGCAAAUAUGUUGAGCUACGAAAGAGCGGCUUGGACUGAUGAAUUCUUGAAUGAAGCACCCCCUCCAGAUCAGUUCAAACUACCAGAAGAGAAUAUGGGAAUGACAUGGAGAUGGGUAGACAGAACUUGGAGAUUAGAUAUGACUAACGACGGCGCAAUUCAACUAUCGAGCUCACGUCCCAGAACGACUGCUCAACCUAACUCUGAUGAUGGUUUUAUAUACUAUGACAACACUUGGAAAAAACCUUCAACGGAAGAUUCAUUUUCAAAAUAUACGAGGCGGAGAAGAUGGAUACGUACGGCUGAGUUGAUAAAGAAUGAUGCGUUCGAUUUGAAUGGAGUGAUCUCCUCGCCUCCUACUGCUGGGGUUGCAUUACAACCCAUCGAAGCAGCAGGUGAGACCAAUACUACGGGGCACAUGAACGCACACGAGGAAUCAUCUACCAUUCUAGAGAACGUCAAGGAGAUGGAAUCUUCAAAGCGAAAAGUCUCCUUCAAUGACAAGAAAGACGUACGUAUUAUUCCUUCGACUGAUAAUGAUACAGCACUAGCAGGCGCAAAAAACAACUACGAGGACCAAGUCGAGAAGAUAUCCCAAAAACUAGCGGAAGGCAACGAGAGUACGGAAGCAAUCCUUGCCGCACCUCCGAGCGAAGUUUUCGAAGAUAAAAAAAGUGUAUAA